UUGUUUAAUUUGCUUGGAUUUAAACGUCUUGAUCUCAUAGAAAUUCUUCUAAAGCAUAGGAAUAACAUAGUCAAGCAAAAUUUUUCUUCAGAUGAAAGAAGAUUUGCAUUCAAUGCCAAAGAUAUAAAGAUGGAUAAACAACCAAGACAUAUGGAAAUGAUAACUAUUGAAACUGAAGAAGAUAAGAAACUUAGAAAAGAAUUGAGAAAAGAAGAAAAAGCCCUUCAAAGAUUUAAUCGACGAAGAGAAUCUGAUUCUGAUGAUGAAGCAAUUAAAAUAGUUUCUAAGACUACUAGUGCACCUAAUGUCCCCAUGUUUAUUGAUCCAAAGAGUUGUAAGGCACCUUUAGCUGAAAAGUUUCCACAUGUAUAUGACAUAAAUUCAGAAUCAAAAGUAUCAAGUUGUUAUAUAAAUGGAGAUCCUUGUACUAUUCCUAUUGGAGCUAAAAGAACUGAUCAUAAAACUUAUGAAGAAGUGUACAUUCCACCUACUAGGUUGUCACAAGAUUUAACAGUUGGCAAAAAACUAGUUGCUGUUAAAACAUUAGAUGAGAUUGGCCAAAAAGCAUUUAGUG